ACCAACGGCCGGCGCCAUGCCGCUGUGGCUGCGGGAGUACAGCUGGCGUCAGAGCGGCGCCGCCGUGUACCUCUCGCUGCCCGUGCGCGGCCUGAGGGUCACCGCCGCCAACAUCUUCUGCACCGAGCGGUACCUGAAGGUAAGCGUCCCUCCCUUUUUAUUCGAAGCUGUUCUGUAUGCUCCUAUUGAUGAGACAAAUAGCACAGCAAAGAUCGGCAAUGGAGUCGUUUUCUUCACUCUGUAUAAAAAAGAAGCGGCCAUGUGGGAGUCCCUGGCUGUAGCAAAUGUUAACAAGGAAGAACUGCAACAUCUAAGAGAGAAUGCUGUUCUGAAAGCACACGAAAAGGCAAAAGAGGAGACAGAAGCAAAAAAAGUUACAAAACAGGAACAUAAGAAGUAUGCUUUGGAGGCUACAAUGAAGCUAGAAGAAGCAGAAAGAAAAAGAAUUGAAGAUCUGAAAGAACAGGAGAGACAGAAAGUCACUAAGGAGUUGGAGCUAUGGAGAAGUCAGCAAAAUGAUGUUGAGAAACAAAAGAGGGUACAAAAGAAUGGGGAACUACAUGAAGAAGUAGAGCAACUAAAGGAGAAGAAAAGAGAAAAAAUAAACAAAACCAGAAUUCCUCAUGAAGAAAUUUCUAAGACCAAACUCAAAGAUACAAAAGGUCGUGGUUCCUCUAGUAUCUUUUCAGAGAAUUUAAAAGAAGAGCAGUUACCAGCUCCUCGAUCUGCUGGUACUAUUAAAAUCAACUUCACAUCACGAGUUUUUCCUACAGCUCUACGAGAGUCUCGUGUAGCAGAAGAGGAAGAGUGGCUACAAAAACAGGCAGAAGCUCGAAGGACAAUAAGUGCUGAUUUGUCUGAGCUGGAAGAUUUGAAAGAAGAGGAGAAGAAUCCAGACUGGUUAAAGGACAAGGGAAACAAAAUGUUUGCAACAGGAGACUAUCUUGCAGCUGUAAAUGCAUAUAACCUUGCAGUCCGGCUAAACAAUAAGCUUCCACUACUGUACUUGAAUCGUGCUGCUUGCCAUCUUAAGCUGAGAAAUUUACACAAAGCCAUUGAAGAUUCCUCUAAGGCACUAGAAUUGCUAACACCACCUGUUCCUGAUAAUGAGAAUGCUCGAGUAAAAGCAUAUGUGAGACGUGGCACAGCCUUUUGUCAGCUGGAACUGUAUGCUGAAGGAAGGACAAUUUACUGGCUAAUUGCAGUUCCACUUGGUUUUUUUUAAGUCUUCACUGAAGUAGUCAGAAAAUUUGAUCAUACUUCUAAUUUAGGGAGUAUACAUUAGUUGCUUUUAGGAAAAGGCUUUAGUGAGUUGUGUAUCAUCCUCCCUUUGGUCCGUUGGGUAGUCAGUCUUUCUGUGCAUUGCAGCCAACUCUUGGCUGUAGCAAGCUGCUGGCCAUGGAGGGUAUUAGUGUGGAGUGAAAUGAGAGGUCAGAGGUGAGAUUUUUGAAUUAGGAAGCAUUCAAAUGUGGGAGGCAAGCUGAUGUGAAACUGGGUUGCAGUAGUUCAGCUGUUCAUGAGACAACAUUAUACUGAUUUUGAGAUUAUACCAUUAGCAACUAUAGAAGACUUUAACUUAACCUGAAAUAUUUCUAAAAUACUUGUUUGUGAACUUUGUAGUAACAUGUCUUCGUAAAACUGUAUAUGAAAUCCAUGUUGACCAAAAUGA